UUCUAGUGUAAGGCAGAAAGCUUAGUUCGUAAUAUUUGCCGAUUCGUAGAAUUCUAUUUGUGUCCAUCGUGGUGUUCUCUUGUUUGAAGAAAAAAGUUUGAUUUGAAUCUCUGUUUGUUCUCUAGUGAUUGGUAACAAAUUGGAAGAUCACAGUCAAACCGUUGUAAAUGCUGGAAAGUGGAUCGUCAUGGCUUCUAACUCACAUCCCAGUUCCAUUCUACAAUUGGACGACAAUUGCCUGUACGCUAUAAUGUCCUACCUGAGUUUACCUGACAAACUGAAUUUGGCGUUUUCUGAUUCCCGAUUUGAAGACUGUAUAAAGCGUUUCCUUAGAAAGGACAUUUUCCGGAUAUCUGAAAUUAGAACCAAUUUCAAAGAAACCCAAAUUGAAGCCAUUUUCCGAGAAUAUGGACACACGAUUAAGCGACUAUACCUGGACAUUACCAAUCAAAAGGACAUAAUUUAUCAUCAACUGGCCACUGUCCAUUGUAGUGAUUUAGAGGAAUUAUAUUGUAACUGUUCCAGACAAUCGAAUGUAGCUGGUUGCUCCCAACUUAUAACAAAUUCGAGCACACUUAAAAGAUUUAAACUGCUCUCCUGGGACUUUGAUGAAAAUAUCCAGUUUGACGAAAUUUCAUUGGAGUUAUCCAAACUACCCAACCUGACGAGUUUAACUUUAGAUCACUCAAAUAUAACAGGAAAGCACCUCCUAGUUUUGACGAAAUUGAAAGAUUUAAGCCUAAGAAGCUGCUGGGAUUUGGACCCUGGCCAUUUCAUGGAAAUAUGCAAAUCAAACAAAUUACGCAAAUUAGAUAUCGUAGGAUGCAGAAAGCUGAAUACCGUGGCAUUUGAAACCCUCGUGGAAACCCAGAUUGAUCUUGAACAGAUAUCAGUCGGCAACAAUUACGAGGCUUCAAAUUUUGAAAUUGUCGCGCUACUAAAAAACCUCAGAAAAUUUUCUGUGAGUUUGUCCAAUUUUGAAGAUGUUGUACGCUAUCUGGCCGCUUUAAGCGAACAUAAAGGUGGAUCACUGGAAUAUCUUUUCGCUGAUGACCUGUAUCAGAUUCGAGGUUUUUAUUUCGGUUACGCGCCAGUGGAAGAACGAUUUAGUGAACCAAUUAAGCGAGACAUUCUGAAGUUUAGAAAAUUGAAAAUGCUGCAUUUACCAUGUAACACGUUCGUAGAUGACGAUUUUUUAGAAAAGUUGCCAAAAUGUUGUCCUGAAUUGGAAAUCCUUGAAAAUAAUUGUCCUCCCAUGAUAACUGAGCGUGGAGUUAUGCAAUUAUUGGGAGAAUCGAAGUACUUGGCACAUAUCGAUUUUACUGGAGGCGUCUUGGACUUUAGACUGUAUGAAAAUAUUUAUCGAAUUAUCAAAGACAGGAAUACCGUUCCGCUGAAGUUACACACGGGCUAUACGGAGCAAAUAGAAUUGUUUUUGGAUAGUAUGGAGUAUAAGGAAAGAAAACAAUAUGUCGAAGUAGCAUCAGAAAGUAUCAGAUCCAUUGCAGAUUCCACACAAAAGAAAAAACGCCUCAGGACUACAGCCGCCAACAAAUGCCCAAAUCUAAUUCAAACGGAAAACUCAUCACUUUCUACUUCUCAGGAAAUUUCAUUUCUAGAGUUUCCAGAUAACGUCUCUGAGCUAAUCGUGUCCUAUCUAGCUCCUGUCGAUAAGUUGAAAAUGUUGUUAAUAGAUAAUCGGUACCAGGCCUUGGUGACCAACAGUUUACGUGAAGCUCAAAUCGAUUUAAAUGAAUUUUGUCGGUUCUUUACGUUUGCUGAAACACGACGAAUCCUUUCUAUAUACUCACGGUAUUUAGAUAAAAUGUAUUUUAUAUAUAAAGAUGGAAAGAAACCAUUUGUAUACUUGGCCUUAAUGGAAUCAUACAAAAAAGAUUUUAUUCAAGUUGAUGUCGAUUCAGAUCCUGAGAAUUUUAUGGAGGAUAACAUUUUCUUGUUUGACUAGAUGUUCUUAAAUGAAUCAUGCAUUAUGUUUGUAAAUCAAAUUUUCUUUUAAUAUGUGUGAGUCUGUGAUAGUUAGGAAAUGAUUUUUGAAAAUUUUAUUAAAUUUAAAGUUAUGACAAUCCACAGAUUGCAAUUACAGAAGUAUUGGGUAAGGUAAGCUUUGGAGAAUGCUAAAUUUAAAUAAAUGUAUGUGGUAAGAAUAUAAACAACAUACAUACAUACAUAACACUUAGCCCCUAAACGUUUUUGGUUGGUAACUUUAACUCGUAAAGCUGGGUCUUUUUGGUCCUGAUGUUUAUAAAAGUUUUAAAAAUGCUGCAAUAAAUCUGAAAAAAUCACGAAAGUUCUCAAGACUUCUAAUUUAAGGAAUCGCAGGCGAUAUCAUAAUUUUUUUUUUGUUUUACAUUUUUGUUCAACAAUUAAAUGAAGUAACUCAG